GAUUGCGGAAGAGCAUCCUCCUGAAAUAGCCCGUUUACAUCAGGCCUGUGACUGCGAUGCGUUGCAGUAAUCGUGUGGAACGUAUUGUGCUUUCUAGUGAAUGUCUCGCGUGUGAUGAAUAGCUAUUUCCUUUCUGUAUGAAAAUUAGAAAAUUCUGCUUGCGAUUGAUGCGAUUGCUAGCAUAGUGCUUCCAGGCCCCAUGGCUCCUUCGAUCGGUGGAGUGUUUUAAAACAUUUGUUGGAAUUCAAUUGAAAUUUAGUGCUAUUCGUACACGAAACGAAUUCUCGCCGUGCAAUCCCUAGUGCCAGUGCAGUGUACAGAAGAAAAUCAUCAACCAUUUGCAAUUUGCAUAACUCUUCACCUUGUACUUCUGUGUUGUCGGUGUGUUUAUAAAAAAGAGAGAUAGAAAGUGUGUGUGUAUGUGCUUGUUUCCUGUUUCGUACGACGCUGCAUGCCUCGAGAAGUAAAAGUGAAAUCACCCCGCUCUACCGGAAGUGCAGCCGGCGGAAGAUCUGGGUGAUCUGUGCAAAACCCCGAUCCCGCUUUUCGUCGGAAAACUGUCGGGAAAAAUGGACGUGUCCGGCAGCUUCAGCGGAGAUGAGCUCAUACCUGAUAGCUGCCUCGAGUCGGAAUGGAUUGAUGAAGAUGAGGUGUUUGCAAUUCUAAAACAAUGGGAAACGCGAGGCGGACGCGGCAACGGCAAAGCAGCAACCACCGGCUGGUGCAAUCCGGGCAGCAACAACAGCGGCGGUCACAUCCUUCUAAAUCAGAGCUUCAGCAAUGAGAACAGUAGCCCCAGCAGUAUUCCUGGCAAAUUAGAAUCGCUCUCCACUGCAGAGCAGCGUGUCUCCGAAUGCGUUACAGAUUGUAUCAAGAAAGAGCAUUUGCUCGACGAUAUCGAUAGUAUAGAACAUGGGAAACGGCUGCUGAAUCUAAACAGUAGCAGUCAAAGAUUCGUCGACACGGGAACGUUUACGAGACCUAAGAAAAGGAUAGAGUAUAAUACACCGAACAACGCUAGCACAUUGUCCGUAGAAAAUAACACCUUUUCAACUUCCCACAAUGAGCUUGCCAGUGGAGGAUCGCCGCUGCUUAAUGUACAAAUCGGAGGUCCCGUAACACCUUCUUCCUUGGCGACAUCGGCCCUAGCUACAUCCGCUACCGGCAACCGGCUUCUGAUGCAACGUAGCUGGCUCAACGAUGUCUCUCCACCAUGCUCGAUCAUGAACUCGAUGGAGUUCUCGACGAACGAGCGGAUCGCUAGCAGCUUGAUCACUAGCGGAGACUUUAGCAGCGUUGGAUGUUUGCUGAAUGCGAGUGACGAAAAUGUGGGAACGAGCAUACCGAGCGUAGGGAAUGCCAGCUAUAACGGAUACAAUCUGUACAGUGUGAUCGAGGACAGGCAGCGUUUGGAGAACUUGUGUCUGGACGAGGAAAGCACACUCACGAAAGAUUGCAACAUCUCGCGUACGGAUCUGAACGCAAUCGAAAAUGUGUCCGGCGUAAGUACGAUGCAAAACUCGUACGAAAGCAGCGGUCGAACAGCCGUACUGAUGGGUUCGUCCGGCAAAUCUUCGUUUGAGGAUGAAAGUUCACCGCCUAUCACGGUAGGAGCGGAAACCGAACGAACGGAAGCACGAACGGGACUUGUUGAUACAACGGUAACUACUGCGAUCGCUGCAAAUGACACGUUCCACGUACCGACGGAAAUACCGGAAACAGAAGCCGAAAGGAUUCUCGCUAGCAAGCUGUUGAUGAAUGGUGGCGGGACGUAUGAUAUGCGAAGGCCUCGAAACUUUAAUACCUACAGAAAACCUCGCUCGUCGUUAAAUCAAACGUUCGAGGGAUUACCGCGGGUGGAUAUGGAUGGGGGUGAGGUUGGUCGGGAAUCUGCUAUUGUACCGCCGAUCGAUGAGCAAACAUUCGAUGGACAGGUACCGAUGGCUGUAAAUGAUAAGCAUGCAGUCAUGAACAGUACAUUCGGUAUUGUUGGUGAAGAACAGCUCGGUGGCGUUGCAAACGGUCAUGGAACGUUCGUUAGAAAUUGCACGGUCACCAACGACGAUGUGCGAUUGCUAAAUCUAACGCACGACACAGUGGAACCAGCGGUAGCGAUCACACCACCACCAGCUAUUCCAUUCGAUCGCACCUUUAAACGUCGUCCACGCAACGGAACGUUUACCGGGGGUGAGGACGGUAUGCGUCAUCUGCCCCUUGAUAGUCCGCUCCGACCAACGGUGAUGGGAUAUGAGGAAGGUACCGAUUGUACACAACAAGAAUCAGAAGCGAAAUCGCGCGAACAUCGCACACCAAAUGGAACGUUCAGUGAACUGCAACAGCCGGACAGUUCGAUGCUGGUGCAGUCUACGCCAUUCCAUGGACCAUCGGCACGGGUGAAAGGUGUCCCGGAAAUAGAGGAUUUAUCACCUAUCGGUCCCGAAACCAUCCAACGGACACCACCUACUGGUUUUGGGCGCACUAUUGUAAGGCGAAGUCGUAAUCUAGAGCCGGAUCUGCGUAGCGCCUCGUAUGAAAAUACGCAACCGACGCUAGUGCAUGAAGAUGGUGCUGCUGGUGAGAUACUCGAUCUAGAAACGGAUGACUUUGACGUUCAGAUCCGACGUCUACCAUCGGCGGCAACUAACCACGGUACGGACAUAUCGAAUUUCCUCGACGCGGAAAAGCGCAUCUCGCUGCAACACUUCGAGGAGUUUGAGAAAUCGAUACUGGAAAGCGAACACAGUGGAAUCGAUUUCGACGAGAUGCUCAAUUCGCUAACGGCAGAUGUACGACGGUCGGAUGAAGCGAGCGAUAAGCUAAGACAAUCGCUAGACAACAUUAAGAAGCGGCACUCGCGCAUCAAUCUUGAAAAGCAGCAACAGGAUGAAAUGAAGCGCAAAUUGCACCAGCAGCAGCAACCGGCAACGCUGGUGGAGGCACAAUGCGACAAUAAGCUGGCGGACUCGAUGCUGUCGAAAAGCGGUAGCAUGUGCUCGUCGAGUGGAAGCGAAAGACUGUUAAACCGUAGAAGUAGAUACAAUGAGGACGUACACCUGACACUAUCGCCACAACAGGCACAGCAACAACAGCCGUCAUCAAUCAACACGACGGUGAUCAUGCCGAAUGGAAGCGGUGAAGGAUCCGUCGAAACGAAUGAUCCCGUUUCUACCGCCGGCGAGGUAGAAACGUACGAUCGUAAAAAUCGGGAUCGCUUCAAAACAAUACGUUUGGGAAGAAGGCGAGAUGAUUCGCUCGGAGCUGCGCUGCCUGAUGUAGAUCAGGAGCUGGGCGCGGGCCAACCAAUGUUGAAUGGAUCGGAGGAAGAUAGUAUCAGCAAUAGUGGUACUGGUAGUAGUGCCUUUAGCAGGUUAGAUCAUAACGCACUGAAAAUGGCGUCAGUCCCGUCGUUCGCUAAUGGCGGCAGACUGUUGGGCAGCAAUAAUCUGUCAUCGAUGAAGACUGAACCCUCCGGCGACGAUGAUGAGACCGUGUUUAAGAAACCACAAGCAAUCCCCACUCAGCAGCCGUCUGGACUCGCACGGCCUGGCGAAAGCCGGUUGCGCAGUACUCUCUCCAAGCCACGGCAGUACGGCAAUGCCUCGAUGCAAGGCACGGGUGGAAUUCAGCGUAAGGAUCUUACGCUUCCCUUGGGCAAUAAGUCUAACUCGACUGAUUGUUUAGAACAGCGAGAACAAGACCAGUAUCUCCAGCAGCAACAUCAGCAUCUACAAAAGCUGCAGCAACAACCUACAUCGCGACUAGCGGCAACAUCCAAGCUUGGUGGUGGUAGUGGCGGUCUGCUAGGCACCGGAAGGUACUCGCAGUUUGGUCUAGCAAACAAGCAACUGCAACUGCAGCAACAGCAGCUUCAAACAAAUGCGUUACAGCAUCAGCCGGGUGCACCUCCUGCCCUUAAGUCUCCGAUGGGCACGAAGUCAAAGUCCUACCAUAGUCUCACGUUUGCCCAGGCUAACAAUAGUAGCGGUUAUGGUGGAUCUAGCGGCAAUCUCUCGAAGCUCCACGGGUCGUCUGCACUGCAGCUAAAACUGAAGCACAAUUCCAGCAACACAGAGCUGAAAAGUAACACAUCCAAGCGGUCCUCGCUGCAGCAGCAGGCAGCUUCCAACUUGCGGAAUGCAUCCAACGGAUAUCAGCAGGGUGCCGGAGCGGGAGCAGGGAUGGUGGGCCGCGCCAGCUUACCCCUGGUGCGGUCACCCGCUGCUCAGCCAAAUGCAGCUCGAACCAGCCUGAACAACAGCUCUACCGCUGCUGCAAUGGCUAACAAAAACGCUCUGAAUACUACUACCACUCUCUCCGGUGGUGUACAGAUGCGCACAGCCAGCGGAAUGGCAAAAACGUCCCGACUUGGUUUGAUACGCCCGUCCUCCGGAUACUUUAGCUACAACACGCACCGUAAGCACCCAGACUCAGAUAACGAGUCGGUCAAUAGCCUGUCAUCCUCAUCGGCUAGCUCCCGGGGCAGCCUGUAUCGUGUAGAUAGUCAAAGCAUAGCGAACAAUGUACAACCGCAACAGUUCACAAGCGCCACCCGAACCAAUAGUAUCGAGGACGUUGGCGGCGCUAGUAGUGGCGUGGGUAAUGGUUUGCUAACGAAACUUAAUGGCACCGGUGCAGGAAUGGGCCCAGGAGUGCUGAGCGCGUACGCUUCCAUCGAGCCACCGCUACCGAAGACGAUCCCAAGCUCGACGGCAGCGUCUGCAACGACAGGUUUGAAGCAACCGAUGGCAACCACUGGAGUGAAACCUUCCGGGCUGAGGCCACCAUCCGCCAUCCGACCACCGACCGUACGCAGCGGCCUACCACGUCCAACGAGCUACAUACGACGAUAGAGCCGACCACUAGCAACGAGGCCAGAUCAUUAGCAUCUACAUGUAAAACGCCAUAAAGGGAACCCAUGUAUAAGCAAAAGAAGGCAACCAACACAGCUUAAUAUUGUCGCUCAUUAGGGUGGGUUUUUUUUCUUCCCCAUGGUAUCCUUUCUGUGUAUUUAUCUACCAAUGGAAUGUAACAACUGUGUUCUGCUAAAAAGUAUUUCAAUCCGUACAUUUUAUAUGUAUUAUUUUCCUUAAUCCGGACCAUCCGAUAAUCAAUUACCGAUUAACGUUUCUGUUUUAGUAUUCCCCUUUUAUCUGCUGUGCAAGUUCCGUGUCCGCGGAAGUAUUCGCCAUAUGUAAAGUCAAUCGCCUCAAGAGCGUCGUAAUAAUCAAGACGAUCAACUUAAAAUUUGUGCAACACAUUAGGCUUUCCAACUUUCAUAAGAUUAUACCUUGUAUAUAGCACCAAACGUUACAUUGGAAAAUCAUUUUCCGAGUUGGUUUCCUGUUCAUUAUACGAAAAAGACGAAUUGUGUUAGAGGAAAAGUUUACUUUCGGUUAUUUUAUUAUAGCAAAAUAGUUAACAACUAUCUCACUGUUUUCCAAUCAUGACCUGAGUCUGUUGGCGCUUUUGCGUGAACUAGCGAACGAUCGAUUCAAGAACAUUAAAACUUUGCUUGUGAAAGUCAAUCUAAUGCACACCAAUUCGUAAUUUCUAUGGGCUAAAUACAUAUUUUUCUAUUAACAGGAAGAGACGUAAGAUAACUUUGAGCGACCAUCCAUUAUUUUAAAGUUAACUUGUUGGUCUUAAUAUCACUCACAACACAUGUCAUAUUUCUAUUCAACCUUCUUGUCGGUUUUUGACUUUAGGUCCGAACUUAUAAGAUGUAUCACACUACCAAAUUUAUCUUGAGAUCCAUUUCUCUACAUUGACUCAGACUUCUGAUACCCCAAACCAUACGAUUAGUGUCGAUUGUUUAAAAUAUACACUAUAGGAUAAAUUAUUAUUCAACCCACAGUGGCAGACAAUUUUGAAUUGAAGUUUACAAUAGCAAACAGACGAUUGUUAAGCCAGGCAAUACAUUGCGACAUUCUGGUCCAGGGUCGCUAGACAUCCAAAACUCAUAAAAUGACUUUACAUGUAUAAUUGUUCCCAGGCACAGACAAAUAUGCUAAUUUCAGUAAUUUAAUUAUGAGCUUACUAGUACAGAGAAUAAGCAAACCGUAAUCGUAAACUAGUACAUCCCGCAAGCGGUCAGUGGAAACGUUACACAGCUGUUGCAAUGUUAAUCCAUCUGAGAAAAAUCCGUCAACGAGCAGGGAACGAAUUAGUAAAGGGUAGGACAUCUUAUGAUAAGGUAGAUCCGCGCUUUUACAGCUGUAAACGUAAAUUAGCGGUUUAAAGGUUGAGCACAUGAGAAAACUUGUGGUAUAAACAAGUAGUUUAUCAGGUUGCCGUAGAACGUCAUUAAAACAAAGGACAAAAAGCGAUUACGAAAGUGGGCAAAUUUGCUAUGUUUAAUUAAUACUGCGCCCUGAAUUGUUUCGAUGAUAUUCUACGAUAAUCUGGCAAAUAAUUUACUUCAAUCGUACUAAAAGCAUCGCUUAGAAUGGCGCCAUUACGACGUUCACAAAAUACAAAAAAAAGAAGCGAAAUAGAGAAACGGAAAGGAAUUGUUAUACUUCUAAGCCUGAACAGUAAACCUUAAUUGUAACUUCCUGUCAACUGUGUAAAAUGAAAUGAUAUACACAUAUUUAUACAUUAAAGCAGAACCUUCGUGGUACAAUGUA